AUGGUCUUACGUGGAACAAUGAUGAAAAUCGGCGCAUUUGCGCUCCCAGUUAUUCUGCUGCUGGUGCCUUCGGUGCAGCCCGUCUCCCAGCCGCGCCAGAUUCCCCUACAAGGUACGACUUUCAUUUAUUGUUUCAUUCUGAAGAAAGUGUAUUGUUAAUUAUAAUGGUUUCGUUAGAUAGGGACCUAUUUGACCUGAGUUAUGAGGGGUUGAAUUUGAAGUAUUGAAUUGGAAAAGAUUGAAAAAAGAGGAUUUUUUUAAUCGUUGCUCCCGAAAAAGUAUUCCAAAUUAUUGACCAUUUCAAAAGGUGUGAAACGGUGAUUUUAACGGUGUAGGUUUUGUUGGAUGAAGAUUACUUUGACCUGAGUUUUUAACUUUCAAGUUAAAGUUAUUGAGGCAUGGUUUUGAAAAAAAAAAUGAUUUUUUUUAGUUCAUUUUUUCUUUGAAAUGAUCAUCAACUGGUACAUUAUUUUGAAUAAUGUGAAACGGGGAUUCUAACGGUGUAGAUCUUGUAGGAUAAGUACGACUUUGACUUGAGUUAUGAGGAGCUGUAAUUAAAGGUAUUGAAGCAUGAUUUCGACCGAAAAUGAGUUUUUAAAAUAACCUUUUUUGGAGAGUUCUUCGAAUUGUAUAGCAUUUCAUAGAACAGAAGACGCUGAUAUUUUUAAGAUGUAGCUUUUUCAAAUAAGGAACACUUUAACCUGAGCUUUAAAAAGUUGAAGUAGAGGUAUUGAAAAAUCUCUCGUUCAUUUUCAUUCCCCAUUUCUUUGAAUCGUGUUUCCAAGCUCGCGAAGAACAAAAAUAGAGCAAGACUGAAUUUUUCUAUAGUGUAUUACGAAAAAAAGAAAAUUUGAACACAGAGAGUGCAGUGAAUUUCAAAUUUUGUGAACUGUUGAUUUUUCUGUGUCAUUCUUUAAGUUUUCAAUUUUCAUUUUUAGACUUUCAUUUUCUUGAAUCGGCUCAAAUUUCAAUGAAAAGUCCCACAAUAAUUUCAAGAAUUAUUUUUUUGGCGUUUUUUCCGUGUUUAGGUACCUCUUGUCAAUUCCAAACCUUCAAGUCUUCCACUUUUUCCUCCUUCAAAUAAUUUUUUACUGUUGGCAAACCCGUCAAACGUCGAUGGUCAAGGACCAGUUUCCUGACAUCUUAUCCGCCGAUCGAUCCAUAGAUCCCUAUCGAUCGAAUUGCGCAAUUCAGCUAGGGCCGGUCUUUCUUUUUGUUGGUGGAUUUACGUUUUUUAGGCUGGAAGAAAAUUAUUUAAGUUUUGAAGGUCAUUCGAAAAAGUAAGAGGGCGACGAAGCUUCAAAAUCCCAAAAAAAAAAUUCCUUCUCGUUUUGUGUGCACUUAGUUGCUGACCACGCCUCUCUUCAUAGAUGGGCGAGUACAAAAAGUUUCAACUUCAGGGAGGCUUUUUUGGCCACAGUAAUACAAUUUUCACCCUCGGGAGGUAGUGUUAACUUUAAUUCAGGAAAAAUUGGGAGAAGGGGUCGGCUGCCUUUGAAAAUGGUCUGCCCAUGUCUGCCUCUCUUUGAUUGACUUUUGGAAAAAUUUGAGAAAAAUUCACAAAAUACUAGUGAAAGGACUAAAAGAAUUUUUUUAAUCGACUUUGUCUUUUUUGAACAUUUCUCUAAUAUUGUGGCUGGUUUUGAAAAUUUUCGAAUUUUUUUUUGUUUUCAUGAUUUCUUAUCAAGGACAUCACCCAGAACACUUAAGAUAGUAAAACAAAAAAGUGCGACGGAGCGCCGAAAAUUCGUGCAAAAUCGCCGUUCUUUUCGACGUUCACCACACAAAAACAAACAGCCGUGUAUUGGUUUUGUGGUCAGCGAUUUUUAAUCGAUAAAUUUUUGGUAUUAAACGGAAUGAAUAGGAGGAAGUCCGCCUUUUUCACUCCUUUGAUUUUUGAGAGCUCAAGUUAAUGAUUCAUUUUGAAAUGCAAUAAAACUUCUAUUGUUCGCGCUCACAAAAAGAGUUCUGUGGCGUUGAGGUGGAAAACCAGGAAAUUAAUUUUUGGGCAAACUAUUUUUAGUGCAAAUUUGUUGUUGGCAGAGCUUGAAAGUGUGCUUUGACCGUAAAAAAGUGUGCUUUGACCGGAUUUUUGUAAAAAAAUAAUAUUUUAGGUUUUUUUGAAACGGUUUGAGCAUUAUACUAAAAAAAUUCAACAGAAUUCAGUAUUUUUUUGAUUAAAAAAAUUAGACAAAAAUAAUUUUAAAAAUUUCAAAUGACUGCGUAAAUUUAAGUUUUGCAGCAGAGUUGCUCUAUUGAUAGAAUAAUUUUUUUACUUUUUUUCAAUAAACAUUUCCUUUACUGUUCUCAUCAAGUCCAGUAUUCUGAAACACUUCCGAAAUUUCAAUGAAUUUCGAAAAAUUUUUUCCAAUGAUUUAUUCAUAAAGAUAAUAAUUAAUUUUUCAAAGUAUUUUCUAUUCAAACUAUUUUUAAUUUGGGUUUUUUUCAAACAAAAAAAGUGCCAUAAAUAUUGCGUGAUUUAAAGUGAAAUCAUAAUUUUCACCUCGAAACCUAUGUAAGUUUGAACCUUCUCUGUGCUUUUAAAAUUCCCGUAUAAUCUCUUUUUAAACAGGUUUUGUCUUUAAUUAUCAGAAUUUCGAUUUUUUUAGGCUUUUCCAACUUAACAUGCGUUAGUCAGGAAGAAAGGAGGGCGAGAAAGUUAUAUUCAAUUUUUCAGUGGAUUCGCCGCCGUCGGUCCAUCCCAGAAGACUUCUCUCUCCAAUCGUUUCGGCCUCCGUUAACACGGCCUCCACAGUUUGUACGGAAAACGACUUCCGAUGCCACGACGGGAAGUGUAUUCGGCUCGAGUGGCGGUUCGUUUUUCCUUUUUUUUUUUUCUGUUUUCCGACUUGAAAGUUCUCGAGUGUCUGCGUCUCUCUGUUCUCUCACCGAGGAGGAAACAGGAGAGAAACAGGAAAAUAGCCCGUAAGCACUAGAGGGCCGCCGAGAGACGAGGAGGGCGCAGAAACUCCUAAACCAUUCCCAUUUCAAUUGUAUCUAUGUGCUCUCAUUGGAAACUUAUAAUCCAACUAUUUUUUCAGAUGCGAUGGUUCCGGUGAUUGCGCUGAAGGCGAGGAUGAAAAAGAUUGUCGUAAGUUUUUUUUUCUUCUUUUUUUAUGAUUUUUUCUUUCGUUUAGAGAAAAAAUUGUCUCUUGCACUACUUUUUUUUAGACCAAUAUUUUCGGAGAUUCACUCAAUUUUCACUUCAUUGAACCUGAAAACGAACAAAUUUCUGUCAUAUUUGUCCAAAAUAGAGCUCCUUUUUCUGUUUGUUCUUUCGACCUUUGACCAGAAGGUCUACAAGGCGGUGUUAAUUUCUUUUUUGAGAAUUUUGGUCACGCCUGAAAACUUGAAGAAAAGACCCGAAUUUCGAGGGUUUUUUCAUAAACUAUUUUGGAAAAGGCAAAAAAUCGAAGAAAAAUGAAUUUGCAGCUCAUCCCGGCUGCAAAUCGGACCAAUGGCAGUGCGACAAGUACGAAUGGCACAGUGUUUCCUGUAUCGCUGAUUAUCAACGCUGCGAUAAUAUCACCGACUGCGCAGAUGGCUCUGAUGAGAAGGAUUGCCGUUAGUUCUUAUUCAAAUUUAAGGGAAUAAAAAUGGAAAAAUGUCAAAACUUGGAAAAAAAGGCGGAUAAGAAGAUGCGGCGUAAAAAUGUAAAAAGUGAAGUGUCGUAAAAUAUUUUUUUUUGAGUAAUCCGGAAAGUGAUGCACUCACCAUUGUGCGCAACUAUUCUCACUGUGACUUCACGUUAAUUUCCAAUUAUUCUCUUGAUGAAUAGAGUUAAUUUUAAAAGCCUAAAGUCGUUCAUCGUGUCUGUCUUGAAUCAAGAACUCUGUGUUGAAAAAAUCGGAAAAUAUAUAAAUUGAAUGUGUGAGUCAAUAACUAUGACUCAGAGCAAAAAACGAUUGUUCGAGUUUUCUUUGGCUUCAAUCGUAGUUUUCUUUUUUUUUAUAAUUCAAUUUUUACUUUUUGAAGUUUUUCUCAUUUCUCCCUUUCAGAGAAAUAAUUUUUUCUGAAUGGUUUUUGAAGUUUAAACGUUUUCUUCAUUUCUAAAGAUUUUGAAACUUGAAAUUCUUACUCACUCACAAGGAACUUUCAGCAGCCACCCCGGUCAACUGCGAUCAAAGCGACGGCAGCGUUUUCCAGUGUGCCGAUGCUCGACAAUGUUUCGAUGUGUCCAAGAAGUGCGAUGGAAACUACGAUUGUCGGGAUUUGAGUGAUGAGAAGGUAUCGUCUUGAAUAUCCUUUUUACGUUUCGAAGUUUAUUUUUUUUUGUCUCGAACUAUGUUAAUCGAAAGGAAUUCGAUUUUUGAAAGCUUUUAUGCCUUUUUGGGAUAAAAGUGUGCUUUAUAGUGUUUUAUAAGUGGGGACGCCUCUUUCUCGCAUCUUGGUAACGCCAGCGGACUUUUAGGAGCAUUUCUAGUGGUCACUUCAGCAGCGUCAGCAUUCUUACGUGACCCCUAGAAUCGCUCUGGAACGUCCUGGGCGCGUCUGGAUUCCGUUACCGAGUCCUGACUUAUCGAUCAUUUUUUGAAAUAGUUUGCCAGGGCGCACUUGUUAAUGAAAAAAUAGCCGUGGAUAGACAACUUCACAGAAAUCAGUGAAUAAAAUAUAACCGAAAAUUGUUCAGAACUCUUUCUAGAAAAAAAAGCUUCUAACAGCCUGAAGUGUCUGCACCCUCUAGAUUAGAGAAAAGAGAACUUAGAUAAGCCUUGUUAGUCCUGAAUGAACGAACCGUGCGAUUUCGAAACUGAAAUUUCAGGACUCUUGCUCGCGCAACCACACCGCAUGCUUCCCGUACCAGUUCCGCUGCGCCGACCGCACCCAAUGCAUACAAAAGUCCUGGGUCUGCGACGGUUCCAAAGACUGCGCCGAUGGUUCUGACGAACCUCCGACUUGCGGUAUCUUGUCCUUGAAAUUAAUUUUUCGAAGAAUGGUUUUUAGAGUUCAAAAGGUGCACGGCUAACGAGUUCCAAUGCAAGAACAAGCGUUGCCAGCCGCGAAAGUUCCGGUGCGACUACUACGACGACUGCGGCGACAACUCGGACGAGGAGGAAUGCGGCGAGUACCGCUGUCCGCCCGGAAUGUGGAACUGUCCCGGAACAGGACACUGUAUCUCGGAGGUCAACCUCUGCGACGGCCGUAAUGAUUGUGCCGACGGCGCCGAUGAGAAGGACUGCUGUGAGUUUUGAAAAAAGUUAAAAAGAAAGUUACCGCCCGGAAAGCUUCCGAAUAAUAUAUAAUUAUGGAAGAAUCAGCUACGAAACAUGGCAAGCAACUAUCUGGCUCUCUCGGCGCGGAGUUGAAGUUUUUUUUUUUGAUUUUUUAGCCGAAGUUUUUUUGUGCUUUCGAGUACGUAUUCUUAGCAAAAGUCUAGGCUUAGGCAAAUCCUGGGUGAGUAGAUAAUCGGAAGCUAGAGGGUCUUGAGAAGGUCUUUGGAAGGUGAACAAUUGAACUGCGGACUGCCAGCCUUCUAGCGGCCCCAAAUGAAGAACUUUUAGCCCAAAACCUGUGUCCCUCUCUCGGUUGCCAGGCUGGCUGCCAUCCCUCGCCGCACGGUGGACAGUGUACCUGUCCAAAUGGCUACCGGCUGGAUGAUAGGUUCCACAGAACUUGCUCAGGUUGGUUUUGACUCAAAAUUUUGAAUUGUUUGAGGUUUUAGAACAUUUUAAUACUAUGACUACGCUUCCAGGUUGAUUAUUUGAUAUAAAUAUAUUGGAACUUUCAUUACUAGGUUUUUAAAACUUUUUGGUCUUUUCCUCUCUUCGAGGCGUCUUUGAGACAGUUAGAGGUUUUUCCUCAGUUUCAAAUGUAUAAGAAUUUCGUAUCAGCCAUUUUUCGCUCUCUUACCGUACUUAAGAUAUCCUAGCCACUUGAACAAUUUUUUUCGAGUCAUAAAAAGGCUGUCGGUUUUCUAGUAAACUUAUAUAGGCGCACCCCAACUUGAUGAAAAAGGUCCUUCCAGGAGUGCUAAGGAUAAUUUCUCGGGGUUUCAAAGCUUGGAAGUUGAUAUCCGUUUUCUUUCUGUGGUUAUAGUGUUUUUGAAGUCUUCGUGACCUUUUUUUUAUAUCAGUUGUCUGAAAUUCGCCCCAAAGUUUUCAAAGUUCAACUUUCCAGACAUCAACGAGUGCAGUGAGUUCGGAUUCUGCGACCAACUUUGCGCCAACCACCGCCCUGGCUUCACCUGCUCCUGCAUCGGCGACUGCUACACUCUCCAGAUGGCCCACGGUCCCGGGAAAGACAAUCUGACCAUUCGUGGCUACUGCGUUUCCAAUGAGGCUGAUAAGAUGCGACUUUUCAUCGCUAGACGUGAAGGACUCUAUAGGUAAUUCGCUUACAAAAAACGUUCGGAAUCUCUAAAAAAUGACUAGAAUACUUCUCGGUGCACAAGAUAGAUAUCCGGGAAGUAUCAAUCUUCACAAGUUGCUGGUUUUUGAAAGAAGAAGGCUCAAAGUCUCGGCGGAGUCUUUUUCGGACUUCUCUUCUUUCAAAAAAUUGGGAUUUUUGCAAGUUGAGACUUCCAGGAUCAUUUUCAGAAGUGUUUUGUUUAACUUUUCCCCCAAAUAUGAAGCUGGAUAGCCUUUCUUGCUGAAACAUUGUGUUCAGAAUGCAUAUGAACCUUCAGAAUGGACCCGAAAAAGCCCGGGGAAGCUCCGAAAAGACUGGCGUCCGGAGAGUUCAUCUACGGCAUCGACUUCGACUACGGCGACAAGAAGGUCUUCUGGACGGACCGAUUGGCCCACGCAGCCUUCUCCGCCGACGUCGACGAGGACGGCGAGAUCUCGCACAUCAAGAAGCUCGGACUCAAGUCGCUCGUCUAUCCGAGAUCCCUGGCCGUCGACUGGAUCACCAACACCUUGUACAUCAUCGAGUCCGGAUCGAGAAGAAUCGACGUCUCUUCGUUCGACGGCGAUAGAAGGACUGUUCUCCUGGCCGAUGGAUUGACCCUGCCUCUUGACAUCGCCUUGGAUCCCCUUAGAGGGUGAGAAUGGCUUUGGUUCAGUCUAAAGUAUUAGUAAAGACGUGCUUCGAUUAACGAUCAAAUAAUAGUUCUCUAGAUUGUACUGGUAUUGAGUCGUACUGAUUAGGCUAAGCCUAAAGAUUAAUAAUACAUUUAUUGACAGGAUCAUAAACUUACAGGGAAGUGCGAAAGGUCGAGGUAUUGGAAUUUAGUGAAACUUGGUAUAUAGGUACUUCCGAACACCCUGAUUCCAAUAAAGUUGAAAAAAAGUGCGACUUUUUGGUUUUAGUCGAGUUAGGGCGCCUCAAAGUUUGCACGCAAAAAAUGCAUUGGAAGAGAGUAGGGGAUGUGUUGCGGCGGCUAACUCUAGCUGCCAGCAGGUGGCUUGGUGAAGUGGCUAGCGAUCUAGCGCUAUGGAACCUAUGAUGCAGGUUCGAAUCCUUUUUGGUGCAAUUUAUUUUUUGGUGCAAUUUAUUUCGACAAAAGCUUUUUUUGCUCCAUUUUUCCCUGCCUAACCAUAAGGCUUAUGGUCGACCCCUUUCUUUAAAAAAUUUUCUGAUGAACUAACAAAAUCAAAGUUUUAUUAGAUUUAUUCUUUUUUCCUUCUUUUAUGACGUUAUGUGUGUAAAAAUGUGUAUCAAAGUCCACCUUCACUUUAUUUUCACAUUCGAGAUGAUAUGGCGAUGCUGCAGGGAAGAAAAACGGAAUAGGGUUAACUAACUGCCAUCUUUGAAGAAAAAAAUUGUUUGAUGAAGAAGAACAGGAGAACUUCAAUAAGUUGUUAUUUAUAUCGAAAACCUAUGAACUCUCGCAAGAAUAAUCUCGACGCCCAAAUUUCCUGCAAGAGCAUGACAAAAAAGACUAAAAAAAUUUUUUGUUGAAAGUCUUUCUCAAAACGACAUAAAGUAGUGAAUUUUAACACUAUGAACUGUAUUUUUCGUUCCAUCUUCAAAAAUUCAUCAAUUUUUUCAAAAACUUCAUGGCAAUAAUAAAUUGCACCAAAAAGGAUUCGAACCUGCAUCAUAGGUUCCAUAGCGCUAGAUCGCUAGCCACUUCACCAAGCCACCUGCUGGCAGCUAGAGUUAGCCGCCGCAACACAUCCCCUACUCUCUUCCAAUGCAUUUUUUGCGUGCAAACUUUGAGGCGCCCUAACUCGACUAAAACCAAAAAGUCGCACUUUUUUUCAACUUUAUUGGAAUCAGGGUGUUCGGAAGUACCUAUAUACCAAGUUUCACUAAAUUCCAAUACCUCGACCUUUCGCACUUCCCUGUAAGUUUAUGAUCCUGUCAAUAAAUGUGUUAUUAGUCUUUAGGCUUAACCUAAUGUUAGUAAUACUUUUUAGAUUGAAAAUCAAAGUUUUCAAACAUUCUCAACUGAAUUUCAGCAUCGUUUUCUCGAAAAACUACAUUCACAGAGCCAAGUCCAGGGUUGAGAAUUUUGUGAACCUCAAGUCUUUGAAAACUGAGAUGUAACGGAAAUCGGUUUUUUUAAAGAUUGAGAACGUUAUUGUAAAACAUUUUGUUAUAACAUUAGUUAAGAAGAAUUCUACUAUAACUGCGCUUCUAAAAUAAUUUUUAGUACGGCCGGAACAAAGCUCAUGAGAUCUCUAGUAGUUGACAACUUUUUCUUCAGAGAAAUGUUCUUCACGAACCAACUGAAACUGGAAGCGGCCGCCAUGGACGGAAGCAACAGAAGAGUUCUCAUUGAGACUCAUACCCAUCAAGUUUCUGGAAUCGUUGUCGAUAUCCCAGCCAAGCGUGUCUACUGGGUCGAUCCGAAGGUUGAUCGCCUCGAGAGCAUUGAUUAUCAGGUUCGACUUGGGUUGUGGUCGCAUUUGGAAUGGCUCAAAGCGUCGCGGUCGCGUUUCUUUUUGUUUUGACACAGCUAAGCGUCAUUGGCUUCAUUGAGUUUUCCCGCUGGUUCUGAAUCUGAGCUUAAACUAUAUCGAAGAGUCAUUUAAAAAAGUUUUGGAUUCCGAAAAAUUUUGAAAACAUCAAAACUAUUGCUGUUUCUUCAAGUUUUGAAGCCCAUAACUUUUUUCUUUGAAUUUUUUGAGCACAGAAUCGAAAUCGAUGUGAAAAGUACGUUAGCUGAGUUUGAUCUCACUCGAAAACGUCCAUCUAUCGCUUCUCAGAGCCAUCGCGCGCAAAUCGUUUUGGAGUCGGUUGCAUUUUAAAGGAAGCCAAAUGCUCCCUUACCAGAAUAACAAGAUUUUAAUCGACUUUCUUCAGGGAAAUGAUCGUCGGGUCGUCGCGCAAGGCAUGAACAAUGUCCCACAUCCCUUCGGCCUUGCCUUAUUCGACCAGAACCUCUACUGGACCGACUGGACGCGUCUUGGAGUUGUUCAAAUCGAGAAGUUCGGUUCUCCGAGCAGCGUCAUCUGGUCGAACACCGAGAACAACGUUUUCCCGAUGGGCAUCGCCGCCUACCAUCCCAUGGCUCAGCCAGGACCCGGCCAGAGUGAUUGUCUGGCCCAGAAAAUCGAGAACCCUUGCGCCAACGCCGAAUGCGAGGGAAUGUGCGUCUUGGCCAAGGAUUCCGGCGGCUUCGGAGUCGGAUACAAGUGCGCCUGCCCCAUUGGUCAGAAGCUCGUCGAUGGGAAAAGAUGCGUCGAUUCGAUCGACUACCUGUUGUUCUCCAGCAACAAGAUCGUCCGAGGAAUCUUCCCGGAGAUGACCGAGAAGAGCUUGGCCGAGGCGAUCCUUCCGAUCAGUCCCAUUUCGCAAAGACGCAUCGGAAUGUACUUCGAGGUCGAGUGCGACGUUCAUGGAAACUCCUUCUUCUACGCUGACAUCAUGGACAACACCAUUUACAGGUAAUAUUGAUUAAUAAGAGCCUCAGGUGUAGAUUUAAGAGAUCUGGUUUAAGAAGUUUUGGUUGGUGUAAAAAUCUUGCGAGACCAUAUGAGCUAAUUUUCGAUAAAUGUUUAUCGAAAAAAAUUGAAGGAAAGAUUUUUCUUUACAUUUCAGGCAGGCAAAGUGCUAUUCUAAUUAUUUUUCCGAAUACUUUUUGCUGGAAGUGAAAAAAAACGAAGUUUCAAAUCAAACAGCGUUUUUUUUUAAACCAAAAACACAUUAUUUUGCAUCUAGAAGCUGCAAAAAUUUUGCAUAUUAAAAUUAGAAACAAGGUUAAUUUCAGCUAGAUUACAAGACAUUUACUUGAAAACUUCGAAAAAACUUUCAAAUAUUUUCAACUCAGAAUCCGACCCGAUGGCGAAGGCGCGGCCCCCGUACUCGUCACUCACAACGACGGCCUCUUCUCCAUGUCCUUCGACUGGAUCAGCAAACAACUCUACUACGUCGACAACAUCCGAAACAGCCUCGAAGUGCUCAAAAUCAGCGAGACCGGCCUCGUUCAUCCUGACCAGCUUGUUCGACGACAACUCCUGAAAGACCUCAGAGAUCCGGUUUCUGUCGUUGUUCAUCCUUGGAAGGGCAUCCUGUUCUACGCCGAGUCGCUCCGUCCUGCCGCUAUCUAUAGGUUAGAGUUCGGAUCGAAUUUUGCGCAAAAAUAGUCGGAAAAUUUUUUCUCAAUUUUAUUUAUCUUUCACGGCAGGAAAUUUCGCAUGACGUUAUUUAUUGAAUGACGUCAAUAAGAACCUCUCGAAUCGAUCAUUUAGAAAGAUAAUCUGAAAAAAAGUCUUUUCGAAGUCUCAGCACUUUUUUUAUGUAUGAAGUCACUGAAAAUACUUUAUCAUUUUCAUUCAUUCAAGUGUUUAUAUCAUAUUUUUUUGAUGACGUCACUCAGAACCUACUCAAGUUCUAGCGUAACGGCUUCUGAUCGUUGAAUUCUCAACUAAACAGUGUGAAUACAUGAAUCCAUCAUACAUACCCCUUUUCAGGUGCCACAUUGAUGGAACCAACUGCGCCGUCAUCCGCAACACGACCCUCGGCCGUCCUUCGGAAAUGGCGAUCGACUUCGAAGAGAACCGUCUCUGCUGGGGCGACACCUUGCUCCGGACUAUCUCCUGCAUGGAUUUCGACGGCUCCAAGGUCACCGUCCUCGACGUCGACAAUCCGAUUCCCGUGGCCAUCACCAUCAUGGAGGAAUUCAUCUACUACGUUCACCAGCGGCCAUACUCCAUCCGGCGGGUCCACAAGAAAAACGGCGGCGCGGCCAAGGUCAUCAGAGAAUUCGGAGCUGAAGAUCGCAGCAUCUUCUCCCUGAAGGCGUGCACCAGAAGCAAUCAGCCGAUUCCUGACGAUUCUCGCGACCAUCCAUGCCGGUCUUCCGACUGCUCUCAGCUCUGCUUUGCCACGCCCUCGACGUCGUCUUCCUCCUCUUCUGAAGCGCUGACGGCAAAUUGCGCCUGUCGGCAAGGCUUUAAGAUUAACCCGGAGAAUAACCAUACCUGCCAGAAGGACAGCAACGAAACUGUUGAGCCGUUGUGCAGCUCCAAUUCGACGCAGUUCUUGGUCGGUUUUCGGUGAAGCUCGUUCAUUUCGAGGAAAAAGCUUCGUCAUCAGAGAUAGUUGGACUCUAGAGGUUCAAGGAGAAUAUUAGUUUGUUCAUAACCGUUUUUGGCGGCUUUCAAGAGUGCAGGCUUUUCGAACUCAAAAAAUGCUUCAAAAAUCUUUGUUGGAGAAAACCCUAUUUGUGAAUAGAAAACAGGAUUCUGCAACAGAGGCUCAACUGGGACGAACUCAUGAAAUAACUUUAUCUUAUAGAGCUUUCUUACAGUGCAAAAACGGUCGGUGCAUCCCGAAAGAAUGGAAAUGUGACGGCGAGAACGACUGUCUUGAUGAGUCGGAUGAGGUCGACGAAAAGGGCGAAAAGUGCUUCCAUGAGGUUCUUUCGGGAAGCUUUCAUGUAUUCGAACAAGGAAAAUGUUCAGACGGAAUGCCCGGAGAACACGAUCCGAUGCAAGAACACGAAGAAGUGCAUCCCCUCGCAGUACGGCUGCGACGGCGACAACGACUGCGGCGACUUCUCCGACGAGGAGGCCCAGUACUGCAAAGACGGCCAGAAGCCCGUCUGCUCGGCCAAGAAGUUCCAGUGCGACAACCAUCGGUUUUUCGGGAACUUCUCUGGAUUCUGAAGAAGUUCGGGAGUUUAGAUGCAUUCCGGAGCAGUGGAAGUGCGAUUCGGACAAUGAUUGUGGCGACGGAUCGGACGAGAAGCUGGAAAUGUGCGGUAACGCUACCUGUGCUGCUAACCAGGUAAAAACAGUACUUUUGAUUAUGUCCUUAGGCAUUACUUUUAUUCAAAACAUGUCAUCAACUUUUUGAAUGCUACUUGUGCUGGUGAUGGAUAGUUCUGUGAGUCUGAAGAAACAAUGGAGAAGCUCCCGAUGACGUCAUAAUUGUUCAGAGACUUUUGAAGACUUUAGAAAUGUGUUCUGACAUCAUUGUCUAUCAAAUCCUGAAGUUUGUUGAAAGUAACCUCUUUUGACUAUUAAUGAAGCCAGGAGGUUUUUUUCAAAUGAUUUGAGAGAAGGGAUGACGUCAUUAUACAGCCAAGAUCUUUUGAUUCAUGAAAAACUUUUUUGUAAAAGUGAAGCAAGAAAGUUUAUUGUCGGUCAGGUUAUCGAGUAAUUAGGUAUGUCUUCAUGGAGGAAUUGGAUCAAAAUCAAGUAGAUCUACUGAUUUCGAUUCAGUUCUCUUGCGCCAACGGCCGCUGCAUUCCGAUUUACUGGCUCUGCGACGGGGACAACGAUUGUUACGACGCGACUGACGAGGACAAGGAACGCUGUCCGCCGGUACAGUGCACCGCUCUGCAGUUUAGGUACUUGUGUCGAAAAUUGCAGGGAUCUUGAAUAUUUCAAAUCUCUCAGGGAACAUAUCAUCAGUUUUUUUAUUUUCAUUCCCUUCGAUUUGAUUUCAAAAUGGAACAAGUUAAUGUCAUUGAUGUACAAGUUUGAAGAUGCGCCAACGGUCGCCAAUGCGUCUCGAUCCGAAACCAUUGCGAUGGACAAAACGACUGUGAUGACGGCUCGGAUGAGGACAGCUGCGCGGCUCAGGUACAGGGCUUCUCACGACUUUCAAUUUUUUCCCGCCCAAAAAAAAGUAUACCAAACUUCGAUUCAAGACCUUUCGUUGAAGCCCUUCACAGUCUUUUUUUGAGUCUACGUGUGAACCUUCAAAUCUUCGAUAGCUGGUUCAUGUUAACGAAAAAAGGAUCCUGACACGAUAAGAGUAGAGACACUUCCUGUCUGGUAUUUGCGCCCCAAGCUAGCCCUAAAUAAGCUACAUACAACGUUUUAAAAAUGGAAGGGCUUGUGUUUCUUUUUCUAGGGGUGCCCCCUUUCUCUUUAACUUUCUAAGAUUCAUACGUGGAGUCCGGUUUUUGAGUCUAAACCGCAAAAAAGCGAGCUAUUUUUACGGUAGAUUUUUUCCAGCUGUGUUUGAAAACAUGACCGUUUCGCUCGAAACAUACUGUAGAAAUUUUUUAUUUUAAGAUAUUCAGGUUCAUUUUUUUCUCAUUUUCAGACGGAAGCGUGUCCCGCGGACCAAUUCAAAUGCGCAACUUCAGGCCUUUGUAUUCCAGCCUCUUGGAAAUGCGAUGGACAAAAGGUUGGAAUUCGAAAAAAAGAUGGAUUUUCAUUGAUAUUGGCAAAAAUAAUGGAGGAAACCGGAUCAAAACUGUUUUUUUAAAAAAAAAGUUCAACAGAAUCAAUCCAUCUUCUUUCAAAAUCGACCUAUCACCUUUUCAAUUUCAGGACUGUGACGACGGAUCGGAUGAAUCGGCCUUUGGCUGCGGAAACACGCAGAAUUGCAAGCCCGACCACUUCAAGUGCAAAAAUGGCCGUUGUGUGUUGAAUGUAUGUUUUCCCGUCCUCUUAACACGCCGCGAGGCACGCAGAGGGCAUCUCUCUCCCCUGCGCCGCUUGCCUCGCCGGUGAUCAGGUGGCCGAGUGGUUAAGGCGAUGGACUGCUAAUCCAUUGGGGUUUCCCCGCGUGAGUUCGAAUCUCAUCCUGAUCGAAUCUCUUUUGCAAAAAAUCAAACUCUUAAUUUUGGUGUUUCCUAGACAUGGCUGUGCGAUGGGGAGAACGAUUGCGGCGAUGGUUCGGACGAAUCCAUCGAAAAUGGCUGCAAAACGCCGACUCCGCUCAGUAAACGAUGCGCUUUCGAGCACGUGAGGAGUUUUUGUUACAGUUUUCGUAGAGAAAAGAAUUUUAAGGUUGCUUGUGAGAAUAAUCCGGAAGUUUGCAUUCCUUUGCACCAGCUCUGCGAUGGAAAACAACACUGUCCCGGCGGUAGUGAUGAGGGUGGACGGUUAGUUUUAUAAAAGAUCUGAACAAAAAUCAUUGAAACAGGAAAUAAAGAAAAUGUUUCAGUUGUACCCGAGAUUUGUGUUCGGCCGACCGUGCUGGCUGUGCUUUCAAGUGUCACAAUAGCCCAAGAGGCCCACUCUGCAGCUGUCCUUAUGGGGAAAUGGUAAUAAUGCAUAUUUACCUGUAUACUUUGUAUUUUUUAAGAAUAGCUAGAUAGAACUCUGAAGAGAAAUGGCCCUUUUUAAACAAAAGAAUGAAUUUUACGCUCUGAAAAUGGGUUCUAACCUCAAAAAUUCGUGUUUUUCGAGAUCAGGCAGGAUUUUUUUUCUGGUGGUGUUAAUUAGACACUGGAAUUGAAUAAUUUGCAUUCACUUUUUUAAAACUCAUGGAGCAUAUUUGCUUUUAUGCAGUCAUUUUUUCACGUAGUUUUAAAUAAAUUGAUUUCAGCUCGUGAAUAAAACGCGUUGCGAACCGGAAAACGAGUGUUUGGACGCCAGCAGUUGUUCUCAACACUGCACUGAUGAAAAACACGGUUUCACCUGCAGGUUUUAUUGAAAAUUGUCGGUUGAUUCAAAGAAAAUAACUCAUUUUCAGUUGCGAGGAUGGCUACGUUUUGGAUUCGGACAAAAGGACGUGCAAAGUCGAGGACGGUUUGCAGGAAAUGCGCGUCUACGUGUCCAACAGGAAUCGGUUGGUUUAAGAAAAAUUUUUUUUCAAAAAAACAGAGAUUUUUUUAUAAUUUUUCCGAGAGAAAUUUUUUUUCAAGUUUUAUAUGCCUGUAAAAUUUUCAUAAAGACUUUAACAGGUGUGCCCGUGACAAACCCGUGUUUUUGAGGCGAAAACAGAGAAAAGCGGGUGCUAGAAGAAAAAGUAUGAGAGCUACUGUGUGGAUUUUUGACAUUUUGAAGUCCCUGCAUAGGCCUUUAGACAUUUGAUACAGCUUCUUGAAGUGUUUAGAAGAAUUAUAAGCUUUUGAUGAAGCUAUUUUCCCGGUUUAUUCUGGUCCUAAAAUAAUUAAUGACCUUCAAAAAUUACGAAAAUAUUGAAAAACUUUCAGAAUCUACUGGAGCGACCACAAGCUCGACAACUGGCGAACUUUCGCCGCGGCCGUCGAAAACGCGAUCGCGAUCGCCUGGGACAGCGUCACGGACCGGAUCUUCUGGUCCGAUAUCCGCGAGAAGAAGAUCUUCGCCGCCAACAGGAACGGCACCAACAUCAGCAUCUUCGUCGGCGAGGGCUUGGACAUCACGGAGGGGAUCGCCCUGGAUUGGGUCGGGCGCAACUUGUAUUGGGUCGACUCGUCCUUGAACACCAUUGAGGUGCGAACUGAAAAGAGUUUUCGUAACUGUUUUUUUUUUGGGAAUUUUGGAAGUUUAUAGUGUUCUGAUGGCUAAAAGUUGAAAAUGUUAUUUUUAAUAAAAGAAAACGAGAAAACGCUGAAUUGAUUUCCAAAUUUUUCACCUUCGCUCUAACGAAAAAUAUCACAAACCUGCAAAAAAGGGGCGAGACCCCAGCCGAUCAGAUACGUUGUGCGUUAGAGCGGACUUUGAAAGCUUGACGGUUUGACUAUGAACUAUAAAAUUUUAAAUUUAUUUAAUUAUUUCUCUUAAUUAGAGUUUUUUUCAUGGUUUCUCUAAGACUUUGAAGCUUUUGUGUGGCGAAAUGUCUUUCUCAAGAAUACCUUUGACUUUUUCCAGGUAGCCAACUUGGAGAACCCGUCGAGCCGAGCUUUGCUCGUUCACGAAAAUAUCAGCCAACCAAGAGGAAUCGCCGUCGAUCCGAGAAAGGGCUACAUGUUCUGGACCGACUGGGGACAGGUAAUAUUGAGUUGGAGCCUGAAGCUUCCGAGUAGUUGGAAAACUCAGGAUUUCUAUUUUUCCACGUUGAGUCACUUCUCACGAAAAUCCUGAGAAGGUGUUGGGAAGGUAAAAACAACAUCCCCGACAAUGAAUUGUGAGUCAGCAUCCUCAGAAGUCUAGUAUGAUUUUUAAAAUCAAAUUUCAAUAUACCUAUACGUGUACUUUAUUAACUGUGAUCAUAUCUUCUAUACCCUAUCCGGUGAUGUCACUCGAGAAGGUGACCUGAAACCGUUUCUUAUCCUUAUUUAUUCUUUUCACUUUUUGGAUGAUUAAAUUAUUAUAAAGGUAACCAACAGGAGGUUGGAAAGUGAACGAAACCUAGAAGGCUUUUGGAAGGCAAAAUGUUGAAAAUGCCUGCCAGAAGCCUUCCUGCAGGUUUUUAACCGCUUACUGGAAAAACGCCUUUUGAAGACCAAUUUUUACCAGAUAUCAAUCUCUAUAAAGACAUUUGAGGGGUAUUAAACUUCCUUUCGCAAUGAGAAUAUGGGGAAGUUCCAGUUCUACUUUCCAUCCGAACCCUUUCCAGAACCCAUGCAUCGAGCGAGCCUCCAUGGAUGGAACCGACCGCAAAGUCUUGGUCAAUACAAAAAUCUACUGGCCUAACACCAUCGCCCUGGAUUACACUACGGACCGUGUCUAUUUUGCGGACUCCAAACUCGAUUACAUCGAUUUUGUCAAUUAUGAUGGAACUGGUGAGUUUGAAAUAAUCAGCUCUGUGGGAGUUGUUGGUAAAUGUUACCCUUUUAUGGUGUUCACACGAUUUUCAAGAAUAUUAGAAAAUGUUUCGAAUAAUUGAAGCUUCCAAGUAAAGUUUUGAGGAUUUAGAAAAAGUUUUUGUAAGUUAGUGGUCUAUUCCUAAUCGUUUGAAGGCUCAGCCUUUCUAAUUGACCCAACUAUAUAAUUUGAAGAUUCUAGUACUCAGGGCUUCUGAAAAUGCCUAAAGGCUUUAGAAUGCAUUCCUCACCUUCUAAGGCUCAGCUUUUCAGAUUAAACAAACUAUAGACUUUCGAAGCUUCUGAAAAUUCUCAAGGGCUUUAGGAGGUUUAUUAGAAGCCUAUAGGUCGGUGAUAGACUCUGAGAGACGCGAAAAAGCUAUUUUCAUUGAUUGUUCCUCAUUUCAUGACUUCUGGAGUUUUUCCCGGAUUGCUUGAGUCAUCCGGAAGAUUGUUUGACCUCUAGAAAGUUUUUAGGAAGUUUAUAUCUCAUUAUUAUUAGAUUCGAGGAGCUGGAAAUCAGAUUGAUAGAAAUUAACUCUGAAAAUUGAUUUUCACUGAGUUUGACCUUCCAGGCCGUACCCAAGUCCUAUCCUCACCGAAGUUCGUUCAACACCCGCACGCCUUGGCCAUCUUCGAAGACAUGAUGUACUACUCGGACCGACGUCUUCAGAAGGUUCAGGUCUAUCCGAAGUUCCCCAACGGAACCACCACCGACUACCCGAGUCACACCUUCAGCAAGGUCUUGAGACUUGAAUAUCUUGAAAAAAAAUGGUGAUUUUCAAGGCUCUGGGAAUCGUCGCGGUCCAUCCAGUUCUACAGCCUCAAGUUGCUGAUCAUGGCUGCAAGGGAAAUCGCUGCUCUCAUCUCUGUCUUCUCAACAACAAAAAUGUUCGAGUUUUACAGAAUAAUAGUCAUAAAAACGGAUUUAAGUCUUUCACUUGCGCCUGUCCCAUGGGCAAACGACUUGAUGGAUCCGGAAUGACGUGUAUCACGGAUCAGAAGCCGUUCUUGUUGAUGAUCCAGAAGACGAACGUCUUCGGCGUCGAGAUGGCUACUCGGUAAGGAAAUGAAUUGGAAAUGAACCGUGGAGCGCGUUUGGAGAAGGGUAUUAAAGACAAGUUAGAAUUUUUCCAGGAAAGUUAAUACCUUCAAAACAGCAACAAAAGAACUUGCCAUUUUUUGAUCCAUAAAAUCUAAAAUUGAUUAUCUGGAGUGCAUAACUCUCUGAAAAAAAAGUCCAAUAAAGGCGAAAAAAUGGGAGUUUUUGUGGGUUCUUGAACAUCGGUAACGCGCCGAACGUUUCUGAACGAUUCUAAGUAAUGCUUAGGAGAGGUUAAUCAAAUGCUCAGGAACGCCCGGGCGCGUUUGUUACCGGGGUCCCCAUCUGCUAUUAGUGGAGCGCGAAUGUUUUCAAAAUUUGAAUAUUGAAAAAUCUCAACGGUACCAGAUUACGAGUUUUACAGUUAACUUUUAAAAAGUGUCUAGUUUUCUUAUCAGUGGAUGACGAUUAUUGAAAAUGUUUUUUAUGUCUCGGAUCUCGGUAACGCGAACCAAAAGAGCUCCAGACGUGUCUGAGCAUUUCUAAUGACCACUUUAGCGGCGUCAGCACUCUUUAGUGAUUCGUAGGAUUGCUCAGAACCGAGGUUCAAAGUUUUUUGAGAUUUUUUCAAUUCACUUUGAUGAUCAAUAGAGAUCGAAAAAAAAACCUUUUCAGUGGAAACAGCACGCCGGUCCUGACCGGAAUGGUGCCGUUGGCCGGUCUGGCCAACGCCUUCGACGCUGCCUACGACGCUGAGAAUGGAGACGUUGGAGGAUUCUUAAGGCUUCAGUAGUAUACGUUUUUCAGUUGUACGUCCUGGAACAUUCUAACGUCGCCAAGACGUUGGCGCAGAUCUCCACCGACGCCGCCAUCUACAAGACCAGCAUCAAUGCGGCCAACAAGGUAAAUCUUUGGAUACUGUAGAUUCACGGCUAGCUUGGACGUGACCUGUCUACUGUCUCUUUGCUCAUCGUUUCAGGACCUUUUUUCGAUGAAAAAUUAUAAAUCAGUUGAAUUUACUUUGAAUUUAAUCUUUUCUGUUUCUAUUUUUUCGCAAUUCUCUAGCAUUAUUGGAACUCUCAAAACGUCUGAGGCUAGGAAGGCUAAGAAAAAGUAAAGAGACAGAACAAUAAACGAGGAAAGACCUAAUAGUUUUAUUUUGGAUAUUUUUCUGUAGCUAUUGAUGGUCAGUAAUGGAUUCGUACGAGGUCCUUUCACAUCUGUCUCCUUUCUGAGAAUUUAUUUAAAUGUUCAGACCCAAAUCUACGCCUCCCAAGUUCCUGAUGACGCCUACUGCAUGGCCUUCGACUGGAACGGCCGAAAUUUGGUCGUUGGUAACCGAAUUUCGCAGACGAUUGAGCUGGUCCGAACUCAGGGAACUCAGGUAGAGCUGGUGACCGGAAUAAUUGAAAUAUACAUAAUUUUUUGCAAAAAAAUGUGAAUACCUGGUAGCGUUGGUCUAGUACGGAAAGAUGUUUUUUUUUCAUUCCCACCUUUGAGCUGCACUGAGUUUCCUUCUGUGCUAUAGAAUCAGAUCACGCGAAGUAGUUUUUGAUCGGGAGCGCAAAAAAAAAGAACCUUUGGGCCGAUUUUUGUAGCGGCGGGUUAUUGAAAGACAUCAAGAAAUUACCAUAUGAGCUGGUUAAAUUACGCUAAAAGGGAUCUUUUCCAAUCUUCAAGGAAAUUUCGAAAAAGAUAAAGCUUAUUGAGAUUGAAUUUAUUUUUCAGUACCGCGUUGUGAUCCUCUCAAAUGACCAGUCACCAACUGCGGUCGUUCAACCGGUCGCCAUCGCUGUCGACUCGGAUCGAGGAUUUUUAUUCUGGUUGGAUCGUGGAGGCGGUUCUGGAGACGUCAAGGUCGCUCGAGCGAACAUUGAUGGCUCCGAACCCUUGGUCAUCGCCAGCAAUGACCUCUCUGAAGUUGAUCAUAUUGCCAUCGGUGAGUUUGGAAAGUUUAACUGGGUGAUCAGAAUAUUGUCAAGUAGGAUAAAAAGAAAAGGUAAAAAUAGCAAAAACUUGAAGAUAUUUGAGGGAAACGAAUAAUAAACUUUCAAGACCUUCAAACAGAAAAAAGGCCAUUUUUGAGAAUACUGAACUUUCAUAAUGGUUAUGGUGAUUUUAAUACAGCUUCUGAAAAUCAUCCUGAAAUCUUUAAAACCAGCUGAUUUUUUCAUUUUUUCAUAAAAAUUCUUCUUUCAACCUUUUUUCGGUUCUUCCGAUCCGUUUCAGUUUUGUUCUGAAUGAAAAAAGAAUAGAAAAAAGGAUACAAGGAAUAAAAAGAGAUUUUUCUAUACUUUUUAGACUUUUUUUUCAUCCUCUCCUGUCUUUUUAUAUAUUUUCCAAUUUUUUUCUUUGGAUGAAAAAAAUAUUUACGACCGUUCUUCUCUAAUUUCCAGACACGACGAACCAGCGAGUCUACUUCUCGGAAGCCAAAGCCGGCCGGAUCUCCUCCGUGGCCUACGACGGCCAGGACCGGCACUACAUCCUGAACGACGCCGGCAAGCAGCCCAACGGCCUGGCCUUCUUCAGCGACCGACUGUUCUACGCCGACUCGGCCUUCGAUUCGAUCGACGUGGCGACGAUCACGGGCGAUGGACAGCCUCCGCCGUUCACCCACUUCAAGAAGAGCGUCGAGAAUCUGGUCAACAUCAAGGUGUUGCAGCCGAGACCCUGUAUGUUCUUUUUCUGUCCAAAUUGGGCAGGCCCUCGAGUAAAAAUCCUUUUCCCCGCAAAUCGUAUCUUCUGUCUUUCUCUGCGCCCUCCCUAAAUUUAGUGCUGUUUUCAUGUUUCUCUGACCUCGCCGAUGAAGAACAGACUUAGGAACACCAGAGGGGUCCCUAUAAAAGGACGGAAAGUCUCCCCUAUAAGGGAUCCAUAGAGAUUCGAUCAAUUUUUUGUUCAAAUUUUUAAAUUAAAAAGGUAACUUGAUCAAUUCAUAGUUUGUGGCUGGGAAUUUCGAAAAAAAAACCGUUUUGAAUAAGUUAAAAGUACUUUAUUAAUAUAAUUUGCAGCCUCCAUCAGCCACCCUUGCCGGAUCGACAACGGAAACUGCAAGCACAUUUGUGUCCCUCAAAUGUUUAGCCAACAUGCCUGCGUCUGCGCCACUGGAUAUACCAAGGUACAAAGAUUUCGUGGGGACGUAUUUCCAGCCUUUUCGCGCUUUUUCACAUGAUUCUUUCCAGGACGGCUCUACUGGCUGCAAACUCUUCGAUGAGUCUUUUGUGAUGGUCGCGACAAAGACGAAGAUCACUGGCUAUCCGUGAGAAUUCAUACGGGAAACCUCUCUGAAAGUGGUCAUUUAAGGGUUGACGAGGUGCAGGCAAAGGGCGUCGCCAUGGAGCCGAUCGGCGGCCUUUCCAUCACUUCGAUUGACUUCGACUACGAAUCCAAGACGAUUUAUGUCGCCGAAGGGGCCGGUAUCAACAAGGGAAUCACCGCGUUCGUUUUUUAUGUCGAUUAAAAGGAAAUUGUCGAUUCCUUUGUGAUGGUCGCGACAAAGUCGGAUGUUCCAUUUAGAGCUGGAAUUUUUUUUUUGGCAAUAUGCUUGAUCUACUAAAAAAAAAGAUACUUUCGAACAUAUUUUUUUAGUUUUUCAAAAAACCAUGGAACUACCUCAGCUGUCUAUUAUGAUAAUACUAAAAAAACGAUAUUUUUUUGCCCUUUUCCAUCGAUUUUCCCUGCAGUUACGCCCUCGGCGAAGCGGCUCCACGAGUCGUGAUCCGAGACUCGUUCGGAUCGAUGGUCAUCAAGAGCAUCGCCGUCGACUGGGUCAACUACAAUCUCUACUUCAUCAACCAGGACGCCGAUCGGACCAAUAUCGAAGUUUGCCGAUUGGAUGGAGAGUUCAGGUGAGGAAUCCUAGAAUGAAAAGAUUCAUUUUGAUAAUGGCUGUGGAAUGGUUUUUGUGCUUGCAUUGUGAAACAUUCAUUUGUCAUUUGUUAAACAAUUUUUUGAGAAUUAAAUGUCUGGGGGAUCAAGCAACAAAAAAAAUAUGCAAGAAGACGAAGAAUGGCGUUUUUAAAGAGCAUUUUCUAGACCUGACUUUGAAUUCAUUAUGGAUUAAUACUUAAAUUUUGAAGCCUUUUUGCAAUAUAUUAAAAAUAGAAGUUCAUUUUGAGUCUUUUUGGGGCUGAAUCUACAAACAGGCUGAAUAAAAGACCCAAAAGACCACGGAAACCGAACAAAAAUAGAGUGAAAAGCCGAAGUAUGGCUCCAUUUGAGAAACAAUUUUAGGGUUUGUCCUGCGGCCGUAAAUCUUGGCUCAAAAUGAGGUUUUCAAUUUGCAGAAAGAUCCUGAUGACGACGAAAACCGAGACCCCAUCCUCGAUUGCCGUGGACCCGAUUGGAAGGUAUUUGUACUGGGCCGACCAAGGCCAGAAGCCGACUAUCCAGCGAGCUUUCCUCGACGGAACUCGUCGCGAAGUGAUCGUUUCGACGAACAUCGCCGAACCGACGGAUCUGGUCGUCGACCCCGCCAGCAGAAUGCUGUACUGGACCGACGCCAAGAUGGACGGAAUCUAUCGGUAAGGACUUGCUUCAGACUUUUUUUGAGGGGGCUUCUGAUUUGCAAGCUGAGCUCUAAGUUUGCCUUUGAAGGUAGGUGAGGAAAUCUUUGAGUCUCUCAAAAAAAAUUCAAGCAAAUCGUGUAUGAAGGACCUAUAUGAAGUUCUGAUGUUUUCGGCUCUAAAUUCAAAAUUUUUCCGGGAGGAGAGCAAGAUCUACUCAUAUUUAUCAAGGUUUAAUCUUCAGGAUCUUCUAUUUCUAUCUGAACUUCAUUUUGAGCUUCAUACUGGUCACCGUUUAGUUAUUCAAAAUAUACGGUAUCCUUCACAACAAUAUUUGAGGCGAAAUUAGGAUCGGAUCCAACGUGAGAAACGGACUCAUUCAAACUUCAGUCUGGAUUUUCUCAAGCUCUCCGACAAAAGUCUGAGUUUCAGAGUCCGCGCCAACGGCGGUACCCCAGAACUGGUCCGAUCCGACAUCGCCUCCGCCGCCGGCAUCGCCUUGUACCAGCAGCAGAUGUACUGGAGUGACAACCGGCUCGAGAAGCUCUUCCGCGCUUCUAGGUACGUGCUCACUGACAAAGAACGUCCAAAAGGACAAGCUCCGAUUCUUUACUGAGAUGUACCUCAAAAACUUACAAAACUCUGAAAACUCCAAACUUUUCACUAAAGGGACCUCCCUUGUCAGUCAAGAAUCUCCAAAAAUUUCUCAAAGCUUGUCCUUUUAUGAUGCCUCUUUUAUAAUUUCUAGUUGAAAUGGUUAUUUUCUUUUUUCUCUUCAGCAAGCCCAACCAAACCUCGCUCCUCCUGUCGCCGACGACAGUCGCCGCGGCGAUGAAGGACAUUGGAGAUGUCGCCGUUUUCUCGCCGACCAACCAGCCGAAGGGAACUUCACCCUGUCAGAUCACCGACAACUUGCGGAAGAGCCCCUGCACUCAGCUCUGCUUCGCCAGUCCCGGCACUCAGACUCCCACUUGCGCCUGUGCUCGAGGGGUCCUGAAAGGUCGCACCUGCGAAGAGCCGGACACCUACCUGAUGUUCUCGGAUGGAGAUAAGAUCAUCGACGCUCCCAUCGAACCCGACGUCAAGGCCAGCCGACCCCUCAAAGAGCCCUUCCCCGCCCUCGACAACCUCCAGAAUUUCGACGUCGACGUCAACCUGAGAAGGAUCUACUACGUGGCCGAGUCACCAAAUGGAGUCAAUAUCUCUUGGUUCUCGAUGAACAACGCUGAAAAUCCCAGACUGAUCUUCGGACCGGCUAAGCAGAAGGUUUGGGUUUUUUCAAGCUUGGAGAAUCGAAAAAGGCUCAUUUGUUUCGCAGCUUAAUCCACCCAGUUAGAGAAAAAACUAACCGUGUUUUUUCUCAAACGCAUCGAUUUCAGAUCGCCAGCGAGCUUCACCACGUCUCUGACAUGCGCUUGGACUGGCUCACCCAAAAACUCUACUUCACCACCGGCCGGGGCGGCAAGGUCAUGGCCAUCGACACUCAAGGAGAACAUUUGUCCACCGUCCGUUUGUCCUGGACUUUUCCCUGAAUGAUUCUGACUUCCAGAUUGCUAGCGGUGACUGGACCUAUGCCAUCGCCUUGGACCCUUGCAGUGGCCUACUUUUCUGGUCGGACAGCGGCUACAAGACUAGCGGCGGACUCUAUGAGCCCCGGAUUGAGAGGUCCAACAUGGCCGGCGGUAGUCGGAAAGUGAUCGUCUCGGAGUCGGUCUCCCUGCCUGCUGCCAUCGCCGUCGAUUUCAGGUAUACAUCGGAACUUCUUCGGGCCUUUGGCAAUGUACGGAAACUUUGACACGUUCAGAAAGUUUUAGAAAGGUUUUAUACUUUUGCCUGGAAAAUUUUAAUGUUUCUAGAAGCUACCAUGAUGUUUUGGAAGCUUUUCCAGGCAUCAUUGGCCUUUCUGAAAAUUUAAAAGUAAUGUAGAAUCAUUCUUUGUUAUGAAUAUCUUCUUCGAGUACCCAGAAUAAUCUUUCAAUCUUCCCAGAACCCAGCGAAUCUACUGGGCCGACGUCAACCGGCUCAACAUUGAAACUUCCGACUACGAGGGUCAGAACCGAAAAGUUCUGGCGACCGGCUACCGAGCAAAAGCCUUGGACCUCUGGGACCGCUGGUUGUACUUCAGUGAUCCCCUGAGCAACGGCGUCUUCAGAAUGGACAAGGUUAUUGGGAUCAUCUGAAGAAAAAGAAAAUGUUCAUCUUGUUCCAGGAAUCCGGAGGCGGAAUCCAACCGGUCAUCGGCGACCGCCGAAUCCCUGGAGCACUUCACGUCUUCGCCUCAGAAGCCGACGUCAGAACCCGGAAUCAGUUCUGCAACGCGUUGACCUCCCAACUCUGCAAGACCGACAACGGCGGCUGCGAUCAGCUCUGCACGGUGACGUCGGAGGAGGUCGGACUUGCCGCCAGCAAGGUCCAGUGCUCCUGCAACGACACCUACGAGCUCGUCCAGGAGCCCGGAAAGGUUGGAACUUCUACUAAUACUUUCUAGAGAGAUAAAAUGGACAACCUGCUUUUUUAUUACGAAGUGCUUUGUAUGAAAAGGAUCUUGAUCAAACUUUUAUACAGUUUUGGGCUCUUUUAUUCGUUUUUAUCAUCCUGGUUUUCGUCGAAUUCCGGAACACAGUCCAGUGAUUAGGGCGGACAAGCUAUUUAAUGAUAUUGCAGUGAAUAAAUAUACUAUGAAUGUUAUUUUCAGGACUUCCCGACACAGUGUGUCCUCCGUGGGGAGAACACUCGACAGGAAUGCCUGCCCCCGUACAAUUUCCAAUGCGCGAAUGGAGCUUGCAUCAAUCUUGGCGCCACCUGUGACACCAAGCCGGAUUGUACCGACGGAUCCGAUGAGAACCCGACUUAUUGCAGUGAGUAGGAAAGGAGAAAAACAAUAUUUCUUGAAGUUUAUCCAAAAACUUGGAAUGCGAAAAUCCAUUACAAAGAUACAUUUAGUUGAAGAAUGCUCAAAAAUCUUCGCUGUGGGUGUUAUGAAAAGGAAGAAACGAAUUUGAAAAAUGUUUAAAAAAAACAAAAUGUUCAUGAUAUUUUGAAAAAAACUAUAUUUCUACAUUCGAAGAAUACUUGAAUGAAUGGAAAGCAGAAAAAAAUGGGCUAUUCAGACACUCGCUCAUGCCCCGAAGGCUACUUCCUGUGCAGCAACCGCCGGUGUAUCGUCAACGAGAAGAAAUGCAACCAUAUCGACGACUGUGGAGAUGCGUCCGAUGAACUCGACUGCGCCGCUUCGGUGACCUGUGCCGAGGGCAUGUUCGCCUGCGCCAAUGGCCAUUGCAUCAAUCAGACCAAGGUUAAUAGAUAAACAAUUUGAAAAAAAUCGAGAAAAUUCGCGAGAUUUUGAAAGUUCCAAGAAAUAGCCUUACAACACUCCACUUGACGGCGCUUUUUUUUCCCUUCUUUUUCAGUUUUGUUUUCCGUUUUUUCAGUUUCUUUUGCAUCUUUUUUCCGGCUUGAAUUUCGUUUUUUCUGCUGUAAUCAUAUUUUUCAGAUUUGCGACGGUCAUAAUGAUUGCCACGAUGAGAAAGUUUCCGACGAAUCCCAAGAAACUUGUCCAGGACUCCCGAUCGAUUGCCGCGGUGUUAAGAUUAGGUACUGUGAUGAAAAAGAGUGGAUUUUCUUUUUUUGAAUCGCAUUGAAAAGCUCUUUAAACAAAAUUCUUAACCUAACCUGAUUCCCUACUACGAAUUUCCAGAUGCCCGAAUACGAACAUUUGCAUCCAGCCGGCCGACCUCUGCGACGGCUACGACGAUUGCGGCGACAAAUCCGACGAAAAUAAGCUCUUCUGCAUGAAUCAACAGUGUGCUCAGCAUUAGUGCGUCAAUAUAACAAAAGAAUGGAGGAAAAUCUGGAAAUUCAGCGUUCGUUGCCCGUCUGGUCGUUGUAUCCCUGAAACUUGGCAAUGCGAUGGGGACAAUGAUUGCAAUGACGGCUGGGAUGAGACCCAUACGAAUUGUACGGAUGAUCGUGGAAAGAAGAUCUGCGUCGGCGAUUAUUUAUUCCAGGUUUGAAAAAGAAAAGAAAAACAGUUCGCCCCACAGAAGCUUCGCGAAAAUUUUUUUUGUUCAGAAAGUUAGAAUUUUUAAUUCUCUGUCAAAUUUCUCGGUCUUGUGCAAGGCUUCCAAAGAAAAGUUUGAAUUCGAUCGACAAGUUUUUUUCAUUCUUACUCAACAUUCUCGGCGAAAAAUUCUUUUUACUUUUUGAGUCCGUUUUAGUUAUUUUGUUAUUUUCUGAGUUUUAAGCGAAAAGAGAAUCAAAAAGAGCCAAACUGACCCUUUUUUUAUUGACUCGCCAAGGCGGGGGGACGGCGCUAGUUGUGAAUGACAAAAUUUGAGAGAAGAAUUUGAACUUUCUGUGAGUAGAACGAUUUAGAAAAACUGUAUGCGAAAAAUCCGUUUUUCUACCAUAAAGGAAAAAGAUAAUCGUUCCGGAGACUUUUGGUUCUGAUGACUUUUUCAUGUCACCUUUCGAACUGAUUGUUUUCGUAUUUCAGUGCGACAACUUGAAAUGCAUCUCUCGGGCCUUCAUUUGUGAUGGAGAAGACGAUUGCGGCGACAAUUCCGAUGAACACACUCGUCAUAGUUGUGGUGAGUGAAAAGUGUUCAAAAAAGAAUUAUUUUUUAAGUUUCUGUGUUUUAAAAGUUGAAAUUUAAAAAUGUUCAUCAAAACAUGAAAAUUUAUCUAUUUUCUGAUUCCCCUCAGCUCUAGCUUAACGCCUGAUGGUCAUUUUGAAACGCGUCCGACUUGAAACGGUUUACGGACUAUAAUUAUUGUUGCACGCGGAAUCUCCGUAAAUCUAAAAUUAAAUCUAGCUUGUGCGCUCUAUCGCACACCUUUUCUGUGCGGAACCCGUUUUCGGUCUUCGAUAAUGGACGUUCCGGACGCUUCUGAUCGAUUAUUUUUUGGUAACAGAUUGGUUUUUCUAGAAUUUUUUCGAAUUUAUCUAAGAUUUAUAUGGGUAUUAUCGAAUGAUUAUAAAACUGAAGGAGAGUUGAUCUCUCCAUAAAACACGAAAUAAAUCGAUCACUUUUCCAGGAAACCGCACCUGCACCGACCAGGAAUUCCACUGUACCUCGAACGCCCGCCUCGCGCAGCCCAAAUACGAGUGUAUCCCGAAGGCGUGGCUCUGCGACGGUGACGUGACCUGCGCCGGCGGCGAAGACGAGUCGUCGGACCUGUGCAAGACGGAGAAGAAAGAGUGCAACAAGGGCGAGUUCCGCUGCGCCAACCAGCACUGUAUCCACGCCUCCUGGGAGUGCGACGGCGACAACGACUGUCUCGAUGGGUCCGAUGAGCACGCCAAUUGCAGUGAGUUUCUCGGAAACUCGGCUCAGCUUUUCGGAAAUAUUAUUUUCGGUUUAACUGAUUGAAACUUGAAACUUUCGACAUAAUUUUUGAAAAAAAAAACAAGUUCCUCUAAAAAUUCCUAUGAAAAAGAUCUCGGCGGAUUUGAGUUGCUAGAAAAGUAUUUGAAGGUUGUGAUUUGUUUUUUACAUGAUCAUGUUUUUCAGGCUACUCGGUAUGCCAACCCGAGUUCUGGCAAUGCGCCAACCACAAAUGCGUGCCCAACUCGUGGCGCUGCGACGGCAACGACGACUGCGACGACGGUUCGGACGAGCGCGAUUGCGCGAAAGAGGCGAUGGCCGGCGGAAAGUUGACGAGUUCCUGCCCCGCGGGCCAGUACCACUGCAACAGCGGCGAGUGCAUCGACGAGAAGAAAGUCUGCGACCGCAGCUUCGACUGCACCGACAGGAGCGAUGAGAGCGCCCAAUGCUGUGAGUUCGGGAGGAAAAGCGGAGGUUAUGGCUUAUGGUUUAAGAAAGAUUUCAAGUUUAUUGGUAGUUUUGAGCUUUUCUGAGGUUUUCAUGAGAAUUUUAUUUUUGAGUUCCUACUGGAAUUUCCUGAAAAUUUGCUCAAACACUCUUUGAAGUCGAUUGGCGAGGAUUUUCUAGUUCAGAGAUUCAGGUCUUAUAGUUCGUGAGAACUGGAAGUUUCACAGUUCCUUGGGAGUUUUGUAUUCUGCUGGAUUUUUUUAAAAGUGGACUGAACUUUAUAUUGCUCUUCUCUGCAACGAGAAGUGUUUCUAAAAUGUUAUCAGUGCGAUUUUUCAGCUUGGUUUUUAAUUAUUUUUUUUCACAAUUGACUUGAACCAUCGAAAACACGGUCCUGACCCUAGAAAAUGGAGGUAGUGCCUGAUUGGCGGAGAGCUCAAACGGGCUACUUCUUUUAAAGUUUCAGCCCCCUAUAGUUGUGCAGUUUUCAUAAGAUGAUCUUUUUAAAAGUCGCUACAGAGUUUCUGAGCUUUCUUUGGAAAAUGAACUUCUUCUCCUUUCUUAAUGUUUAACUUCACUGUUUUCUUCAUAACGAGCAGCUUUGGGCUCCCAAAAGUUUUCUAGAACAGCCUAGAUAUAUCAACUUAGAUUUCGUUCUUUUCAAGUCAUUGACGAGUGCGCGAAGGCGGACAAGCCUCUCUGCGAGCAGAAAUGCGUCGACCUGCCCAUCGGCUACAAAUGCGACUGCUUCGAAGGCUUCGCCAUUGAUCGGGACGACAAUAAGAGCUGCCACAACGUCAACGAGUGCUAUGGUCAUUGUUUGAAGAAGUUCCAGCUCUAUAUAGUUUGAAUUUUAGAGGGAAUAUCCGGGUGCAGUCAGACCUGUGAGGACAAGAUCGGGUCUUACAAAUGCGGAUGUGUGACUGGAUAUCAGCUGUCUUCUGAUGAUCACGGUUGCAAGAGGGCGGAAAAGGUUUGGAGUUAAGAGAAGAUUUCCUCACAAAUGCAGUGCAAAAUCUUGGUAGCCGGUUCAAAAUACGCAUUUUCUAUCAAGCUGUCAACUUUGGAAAGCAAAAAAAAUAUGUGUCAUGAAUUUUUUUUAGGUCUCAACAAUUUUUAAAUAGUCAGAGAGACUACGUGAAAAAUUAUCUUUUUCUAAUUUUUUCAGAAGUAGAAAGUACUGAAGAUUUUUGUGAACUCUCCAAAAGAUUUUCGAAAAAAGAUUUUACAUAGGCUUAUAAAUUUAAAAAAAUAAAUCUCGAAAAUAUUUUUUAAAAGCUAGAAAAUAACCUCAGAAGGGUUCUGAAUUUCUUUGAAUAUAUCCUCACUUUCGAUGAGAUUAGAAAAUGAAUCUAUGAAAUUUUCAAUUCUUCAGAAAGCUUUAAAAUCCGUUAACUCGAUUUUCAUAGAUUUAUAUUUUUUCUAGAAUAUCAGACAAAGAUAAAAAAAAAUAAAAUUUUCGAACAAUAUCUUUUUCUAGGAACCGGAACCAUACUUGCUUCUGGCCAACAAGCACUACAUCCGAAAAUUGUCCCACGAAGGAAAUGUCUACGAAUUGGCCGCCCAAGGAUUCGACAACGUCGUCUCGUUGGACGUCGAUUUCAAGGAUCAGAUGGUUGGAAGAAAAUGAGAAUGAAAGGAAAUGCUUUUUUUUCAGGUUUACCUGGUUGACCAGGGCAAACUUCGCCUUCUUCGAGUCCGCAUCGAUGACAUGGACGAGCCUUUGGCCUCUUAUGAGACUGUCCUCAGACACAAUGUCUAUGGAACCGAAGGUGCUGAAAUUGUUCAAAAAUAGAAGUAGAACUGAUGGUAAAUAUUUGGUAGUACUACAGCGAUUGUUGCGAGUUUUGAAGGCUUUUCAUCCGAAAUCUUUGAGAUAUAGUUUUAUUAUUAAUUUUAAAGGCCUCACCGGGCUGAGGAAGUGUUUCCUAUGUGUGAAGAGUCAAAAAAAUAAGAUGUUAUUUUUUUUCUGACAUGAGAAAUUUCAUCAAUUUUUACAGGAAUCGCCGUUGAUUGGGUCGCUCGGAAACUCUACAUGCUGAACCGACAAGAAAGGUCGAUCCGAGUCUGCGAGUUGGACGGAAGAUCCUGCCGGACCCUGAUCCGCGACCGGAUCCAACAACCGAAAGCCAUCGCCAUCCACCCCGGAAAAGGCUACCUGUUCUUCACCGAAUGGAGUCUUCAGCCCUACAUCGGACGGAUCGCUCUGGACGGAUCUCCUGAACUCGCCGACCCGAUCGUCAAGCUCGCCGAGCACGACUUGGGCUGGCCCAACGCCAUCACUAUCGACUACUACUCGGAGCGCCUUUUCUGGGGCGACGCGCAUCUCAACGAGAUCGGCUUCAUGGACUUUGAUGGCAACGGACGGCGUCAUAUCCCCGCCCAGAGAACUAGUCAUGUCUCUAGCAUGGUCGUCUUCGAUGACUACCUUUACUGGUCGGAUUGGAACCUCCGCGAGGUCGUCAGAUGCGACAAGUGGACUGGCAAGAACGAGACGGUUUUGAAGAAGACUGUCCAGCUCCCGAACGAUAUUAGGGUUAGAACCUGAGUUUGAAAGCCGAGGAAUAUUGAGGAAUUAAGGUCGUUCAUCCCUUGAGACAGCCCGACUAUCCGAACCCGUGUGGGGAUGACAACGGAGGAUGCUCCCAUCUUUGUCUGAUCAAUGGCGGCGGCGGUGGCUACACUUGCUCCUGUCCUGAUCAGUUUGUCCUGCUAUCGGAUGAUAAGGUAGGUUAUUCUGAAAGAUCAGAAUUUGGGAACGUUCCGUUGAAAAAAAAUUCUCUGCGAAAUUUUGGUUAUUUUUCUUCAACUUUGUGGUUGCUCAUCCAAAUUUCAUCGUACUUUCAAGAUAUGAGGUUUUUGAAAGAAGGAAGAAGCUUCGAGGAUAUGUCCCAUCAAAGAGUUCUAGAGUCAAUUUUCCAGAAAUCUCCAAUUUUUGAGUAGAAAUAGCAAAGGAAAUAGACUAGCAAAAUGACUGAAAGUCCGACAAGAAGAAAAAAGAAUCGCUUUUUCAGAACUGCAAGCCCAACUGCACGGAACGUCAAUUCGCGUGCGGCGGCGACGACGCAAAGUGUAUUCCGAAGCUGUGGUACUGCGACGGCGAAGCCGACUGCCGCGACGGCUCCGACGAACCCGGCGCCGACAUUUGCGGCGUCCGAAUCUGCCCCGUCGGCGAGUUCCAAUGCCAGAACCACAACUGCACUCGGCCCUUCCAAAUCUGCGACGGCAACGACGACUGCGGCGACGGCUCCGACGAGCUCAACUGCGACAAGCCCUGCGACCCGUGGAUGUUCAAGUGUCAGGCCACUGGAAGGUGUAUCCCAAGGCGAUUCACCUGCGACGGAGACGACGACUGUGGCGAUCGGUCGGAUGAGGCUGACGCGAUUUGCUGUAAGUUUUUGUUGUGGUUGGAGGGAAAAGUGGAAGGGGCGUCUUCUUUGAAGAUUUUAGUGGAAAAAGUCACAGCUUUUUUGAAGACUCGAGUGAAAAAUAAAGAAGUAGUAACCAUGCUGAGGAUGUUCAGUAUCAAUUUUGAGCUCUUUCCGAUAAAUGGAUAUCAAAGCUCUAGUUGAGCGAUUUGCUGUAGGAUUUAUAGAGCUCCGAGUAAAAACACGUAAAAAUUAGUUUCAUGUCAAAAAAAAAACAAAAGAAAUGUACAUGAAUGGUGAAAGAGGUAAAAAAAAGCAAAUAAAUCAACAAUUAACAAAUAAAAGGUCCUCACGAGCCUUUGGUGGUGUAGUGAAAUGGAAAAAAAAACCCUUCUGAGGAAUCUCCAUCAUGAAUUCAGAGAAAUUUUAAAAUCCUCUCUCUUGUUACAUGUUCUUUGUUAGUAUCUUUGUCUGUUGUAGAAUAACUGAAUUUCCGUUUCCCCCGAUCGAAACGGUACGAAUUUUCAAUGCCAAAACGCCAAGACUGCUCCAAGUUGAAUAACUGAACUCUCUUUUGUAGUGAGUCCCGACCGAAACUGCACCGCCGAGGAGUUCCGCUGCAACAACAACAAGUGCAUCGCGAAGGCGUGGCGCUGCGACAACGACGACGACUGCGGCGACGGCUCCGACGAGACUCCCGAGUGCGCCCAGAUCGAGUGCCAACGCGGAUGGACCCGCUGCUCCAGCUCCUACCGCUGCAUCCCCAACUGGGCCUUCUGCAACGGUCAGGACGACUGCCGCGACAACUCCGACGAGCAGAAGGAACGCUGUCCGACAUGUGACGACGUCGGAGAAUUCCGAUGCGCGACGUCCGGAAAAUGCAUCCCACGACGGUGGAUGUGCGACACGGAGAACGACUGCGGCGACAAUUCGGACGAGCUCGACGCCAGCUGCGGCGGAACCUCCAGGCCUUGCUCCGAGUCCGAGUUCCGAUGCAACGACGGACGGUGCAUUCCAGGAAGCAAGGUGAAUAAAGGCGAAAUUGGGUUCUACUAGAAGUCUAAAAAAAAUUGGUGAUGGACUCUGUUUUUUAGGAUUUGAAAAAUGUCAAGUAUAGUGAUUUGAAGAGUUGUUUGAUCUCUCCUCAGAAUACUCUAAGUUUCCUUCUAUUUCUGAGCCUAGAUUGAAACCAACAUCUCAAGGAUCCCAAAACCUUUCAAUUUUCAGGUAUGCGACGGUACGAUCCAGUGCAGCGACGGCCUCGACGAGUCCCAAUGCACGCAACGGAAAUGCCUCACCGGCCAUCGUCAGUGCGACGACGGCACCUGCAUCGCCGAACACCGCUGGUGCGAUCGCAAGCGCGACUGCCCCAACGCGUCUGAUGAGCUCCAUUGCGACUCCACUGUUUCGCGACGUCAGUGUUCGCCAUUCGAGUACGAAUGCGCCAACUCGGUCUGCAUCCCCCGGAAGUUCAUGUGCGACGGCGACAACGACUGCGGCGACAACUCGGACGAGACGUCGUCAGAAUGCCGCAACGCUCAGUGCGACCCGCCGCUGCGAUUCCGAUGCGCUCAUUCGAGACUCUGUCUCAAUAUUCUGCAGGUGAGGACGAAGUUAGAAAUUCUAGAAAAGACUGAGUGACAUGAAAAUGGUUUAGCUUGGAGUUUUCAAACAGAAAGACCCAAGAAGGUUAAUAACACUGAAAAAAAAUUCAUGGCUUUUAUAAACCCAGAUAGGUCUAUUUGAAACGGUAAUAAGGUGUUCGAAGUCGUACUAGAACUUUUUAUAGAAUUUUUUAUCACGAAGCUAUUUCUCACAUAAGCUUUGAAUGUGAGCUGAAAAAGUUGCUUCUAAGGUUUUAGAAAAAAUUUUUGGAUGAAUUCCUCAAUUUUUUGAAUUUUUCGAAGUUUUCGAAUCAAAAUUGCCUCAUUUCAGCUCUGCAACGGUAUCAACGAUUGUGGGGCUCAUGAUUCUUCGGACGAACAUUUGUCGAUGUGCUCCAGCUUCUCCGAGUAUGGAGACUGCUCUUCGGAUCAGUUCAAGGUGCCUUUUUUGGAAGUUAAACCUCAUUUGACUGUCUGGCCUUUCUGCGCGCUCUCCCUUGUCAGCGACACUCUCUUGUUCUCAUGCUAUUUUCAUUUUUUUUUUUACUGUAACCUCUCUUAAAACAAGGAAAAAAGCGCAGGCAAGCCUGACUGUUUGAAGUCCUGUCAAAGAAGAAUCUCCGAGAAAAGUCUUUCGAAACAUUUCUUUUUUCGUUAAGUGCGCCAAUGGAAAGUGCGUCAAUGGAACGCUGGCUUGCGACCGUAACGAUGACUGUGGCGACGCUUCGGACGAAGUCGGAUGCUGUGAGUUUCAACUUGAGGGGAAAGAAUAAUAGGAAAAAAUUUCAGCAAAGAAGAGCGGAAGUUCCUGCGAAUCACAUGGAAACAACGGCGGCUGCAAGCAUCUUUGCACUGGUAAGUUAUAGGAAAAAGGCCUCAUUUGCGAUGGAUGCGUUGUGCUUUCUCGGUUGAACUGAAAAUUCGAUCCUAAUUUUUUUUUUUCAACUAAGCAAGCCUAUUUGAAGCUCAAAAAUCUGCACAAGAACUUCAAACUUCUGUAGAAGAUUCGAAACUUUUCACUGAAUUUGCAUUAGGGGCUCAAAAAUUUCAGUAAAAAAGCUCAGAAUUUGUUUUCAUCGUGGAAUUUUCCAGACCUCUAUCGAAAUCUUCAAAGUUUGAGCAGAAAACUCAGAAUUUUCGUUUGCAGACGUCCGCGACGGCUUCUACUGCCACUGCCGCGACGGCUUCCGCCCCAAUCCGGAAGAUCCGAAAGACUGCGUCGACAUCGACGAGUGCCGCGGCAACAACACCUGCACACAGCUCUGCCUCAACACCAAGGGCUCCUACCUUUGUCGCUGCUACGACGACUACGAGAACAACGUCGUUGUCGGCGCGAUGACCGGCAAGGACUGCCGCGCCAAGGGCGACGCCGCCAACGUUCUCGUUGCCGCCGACGACUCCCUCGUCCAGCUCUCCCUUCACGGCGCCGGCGUCAACCGCCACGCGGCCGCCAAAGCCUCUGACGAGGACAACGACAUCAUCGCACUGGAGUUCGACCCCAGAAGGAACGUCAUGUUCUGGAUCGACGGCGAUGAGAAGGCGAUUUAUCGGUCGGCCAUUGCCAAGGGCAAUCAAAGCCAUGAAGGACAGAAACUCGACAUCGACUUUGCUGGCCUUGGAGUGACUCCGACCGCGCUGGCCCUGGAUUAUACUACUGGGUGAGAAUAUAAUUUGCCUGAGAACUGCCGAAAUUAGGCUUAGCUUCUUCAAAAUUCUUAACAAGAAGUUUGAACAUUUCCUAGAAAGUUAAUUGAUGUUAAUGUCUUCGGGAACCUUAAAAAAAUGAGGUGCGUUUGAAAUUUUCGCUCAGCGUGAAGUAUUAGAUAGAUAAUCUACUACUUAUUUCAUAAAGUUAAAAAUAGGUCAUUUGAGUGAGAAAGACUGCGGAAGUUGAACUUUCACAAAAAGCUACCAACAUUUCAACGAGAACAUAACUGAUAAGAAAAUUCCAGAAACUUGUUCAUCACUGCCGUGGCGGACGGCGCACAACCGGAAGAACUGCCUGGAGCGCGCGCCAAGCGGAUGUCGGAGCCUGUCGCUGAUCAGAACACCGGAUUCGUCUUCGUCGCGAUGCCCGACGGACGCUACCUCAAGAAGAUCAUCGGCGGCCAUCUGCAACAGCCGACGGCGAUCGUCGCAGCGCCAGCCCUCGGCAGGAUCUGCUACUCCGACGCCGGCCUUCACGCCAAGAUCGAGUGCGCCGACAUGGACGGCACCCAUCGGCAAAUCAUCGUCAAGGACCUGGUCUUCUCGCCCUCGUCCAUGGCCAUCGACGAAGGCAAGCAGAAUCGCAUCUACUGGGCCGACCCCAAAUAUCGACGCGUCGAUUCCGUCGCCAUCGAUGGAACCGACCGACUGACUGUCGUCCAGGACAAGAACGUCCCCUACGCUCUGGAUGUCUUCGAGAAUCAUCUCUAUUGGCUGAGCAGGAACACGAAGAACCUCUAUGUUCAGGUGGGGGAUAUUACCUGAAGGUCAUAAAAUUGAACUUUAAUAAGUGGUUACUCUAGAAGUAAUAAAAAAGUUCAAAAUAGAAUUGGUUUUGAGCCUUUCUCGGUCAGAUUCGACGAGAUUUCUCUCCUAGGAACAAAUUUUUCAAAGUUUCGUCGUUUUUGAUGACAUCGACCAAAGUAUGACGUCAAAAUCCACAAAAAAAACCAUUCGAAAGUUUCGAAAUACGUCAGAGAAAAAGUGACGUCAUCCAAAGUUUGACCAAGACUGUGCACUUCAUUCUCCUAUUCAAAGACAAUUACAAGGGAAAAAUGAGUAUUUCCAGGACAAAUUCGGGCGGGGACGAGUGGCAGUCCUGGCCAGCGACCUGGAAGACGGCCACGUCGUCAGGGUCAGCCAGAAGUACGCCAAGGACGUGCAGCGGGCCACCAGCGGGUGUGAGAAGGCCCAGUGCUCUCAUCUCUGCGUCACGCUCUCGUCGGGCGGUUUUGCCUGCCUUUGCCCCGACAACUCCUAUCCGCAACUGGUAAUGCCGUUUUCAAUCCUAGUGACCACUUGAGUGUAGUCUCUCUGAGGUUACUGUGACAGCGGCUUUUCUUGUCACGCUAAAGAUGUUGAAACCACUUUAAGGACUGCUUUUUUUUUUCUUCCCAUUACGUCACAGAUUUGAAAGAUUUGGGGGAAAACUUGCGGCUAAUUUUCUUAUAGCUGGUGUCAUUUUCCACGACUAAUCUUUCGACAACUGCCGGCGCUAUUUCACGCGGAUAAUUCCUCUGACAUGGGGCGCCUAAAGAUCGCAGCAACUCUUUCUCUGACACACACUAUUUCGUCGUUAUCUAGCUGACAGAAAACGACGAAAUAGGGUAGCGUGUAUUUUUCGUGGUUGUUUUGUUCCUAUUAGCAGAAGCUAUUUUCAAGGCUCAAUUUUAGAGAUAAGAUUUGAGGCUGACUUUUUGAUGACUACUUUUUUCAAAGAUUCUCGGAUGAAAAUUUAGUAAUUCACCAAGUUUCACUUCGAAGUUCCCGAGCUACAGUAGCCAAUUACCGUACUGCUUUCAGAACGGCCAAUGCUCCUCGCCACGCGUGGAAGCCCUGACGAUGCCGAAGCAGUGCGACUGCACAAACGGCGGCAAGUGUCGGCUCGACGGCGCCUGCGACUGUCCGACCGACUUCGAGGGCGAACACUGCGAGAAGGAGAGCACCGUCAGCAGAAAGGUGAUAAAUAACUGAUUCAAAAUCAUCAAUGAUUGAAUCUCAGCUGAUCGGUAGAAUCUCGGAGAACCUGCUCACUUUCAUCCUCGUACUCUUGGCGUUGUUCAUCGCAGGCGGACUCCUCGGCUUUGUCGGACUGAAUAUCUACAAGUGAGUGUUGAUGAGAUAUGAUGAGCAACAAUGAGGCAAUUUGAAGGAAACGCGAAUGGUUGAUGAAAAAGAACGACGCGGCCGACGGCAGCGUAUCGUUCCACGGCAACGUCAUCUCGUUCAGCAACCCGGUGUUGGAUUCCAAGCAGGUUCGACCGUUUUCGAGCCUUUCUCAAGAAGAACUUUAUUUUCGCUGCAGGACCCGAAUCCGAUCGAGUACAGUAUGCAGCAGAUUGAAUCUCAACCUGGCUCUGCCACCUUCUCCAACCCCGUCUACGAGCUCGAAGGCGAUCAGAUGACGUCACUGGAUGAGCUGCCGACGACGUCACACUCUGGACCUUCUGGUUCAGCGACAGUCAGACCGGAGCCGUCGAGCCCACCGCCGAGGCUUGGAUUCGAAGUUGUCGGUGAGUUGCAGGAACCACUUAAGGGGCCAGAAGCUCCAAGAGUGAUCACUCAAGAGUUCUGCAAUCAAUAUCAAUCCAGUCUCAAAAAAAAGCGAGCAAGGAAAAUUCUCACUACUCGAAAGGCCACUUCAAUCCUGGAGAGGCUAGAAAGAAGGGAAGCUAUUCCUAGAGCGAUCACUAAACCAUUUUCAAGUCACAGAAGAUGAAGAACAAGGGAACUCUGCGGUGGUAGAACCAAAACGUUUUGAAAAAUCAGAAGAACUCUCUGAAGACCAUUUAGUGACCACUCCAGAACUUCUCAUAAGCACUAGCUGACUGAAAAUCAUUGAAAGUGUGCUCUACUGAACUACGUAUUUGAUUGGCUCUUCACGUCUCUAUUUGAAGCGAUUACAGACGCCCCGUCGAAGCCCGUAAUCCCACCGCGACCAACGAAAAAGAAGGAAGAAAAAGAGAAAGACAAGUCGCUGUUGGUCGAAAAUCCACUCUACGAACCGCCCGAAGUGUCCGACGUUUAA